AUGAUGGCAACGUUUCGUUCGCUUCGAGGUGCCAGCAGGCCACUUGCCGCUCUCUCCUGGAACCAGCGCGGAGCAGGCCUUCCUCUUCUGGGCACCAGAUGGCACAAGACAGUUGCUGCUGAUGACAGCACCGAGAAGAUCAGCUUCCACUUCAAGCUCAGAGAUGGCUCUCGCAAGACUGUCUCGGUGCCAUUGGGCGUCACAGUGCUGGAGGCUGCCCACAUGAACGAGGUGGACCUGGAGGGUGCUUGCGAAGCGUCGCUGGCAUGCUCUACCUGCCACGUCAUUCUCAAUGAGGACACGUACGAAAGUUGCGGGGAACCUACUGAGAAGGAAGAGGACUUGCUGGACCUUGCCCCUUGCCUGACACCCACCUCGCGUCUCGCAUGUCAGGUUGUCGUUGACGAGAAGCUAAAGGACCACACUGUGACCCUGCCUGCCAUGACCCUCAAUUUCUACGUAGAUGGACAUGUCCCGACGCCUCACUGA